GUUGCUAUGGAACUGUUGAUAAACAUGUCAAAUGUGCCAUAUGGGCUAGUAAGCUGGUUAGCUUAGCUAGUUCGUUUACCACAAAUGUUCUAUAUAGCAACAACUUAACGAAAUACUGAAUCAGAAAAGUAAGACCAACAGUAACUUGUCUUAUCGUGUCAUUGUGUAAGCGUGUGUGGCUGGUUCAUAGACGCUAGCUGAAUUAACAUUACAGCUGACAAUGGCUUACGCACAGCCUCCCAAAAAGACAGGUCUGCCACGAGAAGUUCUGAAGUGGCUCCAAAGCCUGGAUUUGUCAUUUUCUCCAAAGAAUAUUCGCAGGGAUUUCUCCAAUGGCUACCUUGUGGCAGAGAUGUUCUCCUGGUAUUAUCAUGAAGACUUCCCCAUGCACUCCUACAACAAUGGGACAUCACUUCCAACCAAACAGGGCAACUGGGCACAAAUAGAGAGGUUUCUAGUGAAACAGAACAUCCAUCUGCAAAAGGAAGUUCUGGACGGGACCAUCCACUGCAAACCAGGAGCAGCGGAGCUCCUAGUGCAAGAGAUUUACACCAUCUUAACUAACAGGAGGAUCAAAGGGAUCCAGGGCAGGGAGAUUGACUUCACAGACAGGGACUACCAGGACCAGCUGCCCAUGCUAGCUCGGGCCACGGCCUCCAAGGCCAUCAAGAACAACCUGCGGCUGACCGAGGUCAUAGCCGAGCCCAACAUCUCCACCAACCAGAGGAAGGUGCAGGCCAUCAUCCACAUGCACCUGGAGCAGAGGGCGGCCGAGAGAGUCCAGAACCCCAAGCGCUUCAACGUGAAGCCCACCUUGGGAGAACUGGCCGUGAGACUGCCCCCAUCUUCUCACCACGGAGAUGACAGCUCCGAUGGCAACACCUCAGUACAAAGUGGAACAGCCAAGUCAUGUGAACCAUCCAUCAGGAGCAAAGCCAGUGUCCAUUUCAAGGAGAUUGAGGUGCAUCAGACGGACAGACGCUCGCUGAUUGCAAUUUAAAAGGCCGGGAGAUGCAGCCGUUUGGUGUAUCUGGGAUAGAUGCCUCUGAUACGAUACCUGUAAUAAAAGUACCUUUAUCCCUCUAUUUCUGUAAUAUCAGUACCUCUAUACCUCUAUUCCUCUAAUAAAAGUACCUCUAUACUUUUAUUCCUCUCAUAAAAGUUCCGCUAUACUUCUAAUUAAAGUACCUCUAUACCUUUAUUCCUCUAAUAAAAGUUCCUCUAUACCUCUAUUCUUCUAAUUAAAGUACCUGAAUACCUUUAUUCCUCUAAUAAAAGUACCUCGAUACCUCUAUUUCUCUAAUAAAAGUACCUCUAUACCUUUAUUCCUCUAAUAAAAGUACCUCAAUACCUCUA